UAUUUUGACAAGCGACGUGUGCGGAACGCAACGCAUUACGCGCGGUGUUCAUCUGAUCAAAUUUCGUUUACCUUUUCGUGCGUAGCGCGGAUCAAGCAGACUCUAGCACGGACACCACACACACACACACACACAAACACUUAUGCGAGCUAACUGUGUCUUUAUGUGAACGUAUUCCUGUGUGUGUUUAUGUGUUAAUACUUUUAUAUUUUUUUACUCUUUUGUUUGCGUGUCUAUGUUUGUGUGAGAGACAUUUGGUGGUAAAACGUUAACAAUUGUAGUUAAAAAAAAAAAAAAAGGAAGUUCAAUCAGCAGCCGCAGCGCAGCACGCGCGCUGCAGGCAGCAGCAGCAGCAGCAGCAGCAGAAAUGGCUCAGUGUUGUGAGACGACAACAACAACGGCAACAAUGUCCUCGCGAUUUGGCAGCACUGCCAGACAGGCGACGCUGGCGUCCGCAUUGCUAUCAGCGCCUGCGACAACAACAACAACAACAACAACAUCGGCAGCAACAGCAACAACAACUCAGCAGUGCAACAACAGCAGCAGCAGCAGCAACAGCAGCAAUUCAAAACAUUUCAAUUACAUUGCAGCUAGUUCGGCUACAAUCGAUGAGGACAACCCCGACCUACCUCCCACAACAACAACAGCAGCAACAGUAACAGCAGCAACAACAGUAACAGCAGCAACAACAGCAGCAGCAACAACAGCAGCAAUAACAACAACAGUUGCUGUUAAAUUAUUGCCGACGCUUUACCAAAAAUUGACGCCUGCUACCCAAUUGCCCGCCCAAUCCAACAACAACAACAUCAAUUCCAAUUCCAAUUCCACAUCCUCCGUAUCCGCAUCCGCAUCCGCAUCUGAUUCGAAUUCCAUAUCCAAUUCGAGUUCAACGUGCAGCUGUUGUUGCCGUGAUAACUUGCAAAUCUCUGGCGAUUUGCUGCUGCAACAACAGUUGGAACAACAACAACAGCACGCCGCCGCAGUUGCCGCCGCAUCGGUUGUAUUGGCCAAACAGGUGGUACGCUCCGUGACCGCCACAAGCAUCAUGGAUAUGCCCUAUAACACCUCGCCGUCGCUACGCGUACGGACCACCUCGCUGAAUCAGCUAAAGAAAACGGCCGAUUUGGCCAUUGAGAAUGAGCUGCAUGUCUGCCCCUCGAUAAUGUCCGAUGAGUUGCGCAAAUUGUUGCCGCCAACAUCGGAAACGGUUAUGACAAAACCGUUUCCGAUACGCGGCGAACGCACCAUAGCCGAUUGCACGACACCGCAUGUGAUUGCCAUGGUGGGUCUGCCGGCGCGGGGUAAGACCUUCAUAUCCAAGAAGCUGGCACGUUAUCUCAACUGGAUUGGGAUCGCGACGCGUGUCUUCAAUUUGGGCGAAUAUCGGCGGCAUGCAACAACCGCCUACAAGUCGCACGAAUUCUUUCGUGCCGACAACGAGGAGGCGAUGGCCAUACGGAAUCGUUGCGCCAACCAGGCCCUGCACGAUGCCUGCGAAUGGCUGCUGAGCGGCCUCGGGAGCAUUGCCGUCUUCGAUGCGACCAAUUCGACGCACGAUCGCCGGCAGCUGAUCUAUGAUAUUGUUGUGAAACAGCAUAAUUUUCGUUUGUUCUUUGUGGAAUCGAUAUGCGAUGAUCCGCAAAUAAUUGAACAGAAUAUACUGGAGGUGAAGGUCAGCUCGCCGGACUAUAUCAAUAUGAAUACCGAGCUGGUUGUACGCGAUUUCCUGCAACGCAUCGAACACUACGAGGAACGCUAUCAGCCGAUCGACGAGGUCGCCGAAACCCAUCUCAGUUUCAUGAAGGUCUACAAUGCCGGCAAAAAGGUGGUCGUCUACAAUAAUGAGGGUCAUGUGGAAUCGCGCAUCGUUUACUAUCUAAUGAAUAUACACAUUACGCCGCGCACCAUUUAUCUGACACGGCACGGCGAAUCCGAGCACAAUUUGAGCGGUCUAAUUGGCGGCGAUUCCAAUUUGAGUGCACGGGGUCAUCAAUAUGCAAGGGCCCUGUCCUCGUUUAUAGCCCAGCAGCAGAUCGGUGGUCUGCGCGUCUGGACGUCCUGGAUGAAGCGUGCCAUACAAACGGUGGCGGAUGUUAAGGCGCCGCAGGAACGCUGGAAGGCGCUCAACGAAAUCGAUGCCGGACACUGUGAGGAGAUGACCUAUGAACAGAUUAAGGAACGUUUUCCCGAGGAAUUUAAGGCGCGCGAUGUUAACAAAUUUGCGUAUCGUUAUCCGCGCGGCGAAAGCUAUGAGGAUCUGGUUGCACGCCUCGAGCCGGUCAUUAUGGAAUUGGAACGUCAGGGCAAUGUACUUGUUGUAUCACAUCAGGCCGUAUUGCGUUGCCUGUUCGCCUACUUUCUGGACAAGUCCGCCGAUGAGCUGCCGUAUCUGUAUGUGCCGCUGCAUACGGUUAUUAAGCUAACGCCCGUCGCCUACGGCUGUAAGGUGGAGCAUAUUAAGCUGCCGAUCGAUGCGGUCGAUACGCAUCGUCCAAAGCCAAAGAUACCCGGCGAUGUUAGCCAACCGGGCAUGGAUGGUCUCAGCGGUGAGCUGGUCGCGCCCGAUGGCGUCGGCAAGGUGCUCAUCGUGGGCGAUGAUGUGGCAACGGCAACGGCAGCGUCCACCAACGGCAGCGGCGGCUCUCGUCUCGACACUCAAUGACAUUGCCCCCCCCUUUGCCCCCACAAGCCAACCAAAUCCAAGACAUUAUAAAAGGCAACCCCGUACCGUACCCAACCCAAGCCAUGGUCCGAUCGAUCCACAACAGAACUACAAUAGAAAAAACAGAGCUCACUCAACACACACACACACACACGCACACAGCGCUGGCGUUGUAAUCUUAACAGCUGGCUUAACAGUCGCUGUUAACGCAGCACUUACAUUAACAGCGGCAGUUUACGGCCUAAAACAUAACCCAAUCAAAUGUUAAAGUCACAUGAGCUCAUAUAGACAGCUUAUAGUUAUUGCUGUUCAAAUUGAAUGUUACGCUAACAGCCGCUUUAACUUACACUAGACUUAACAGUUGCAGAUAACAUACAAUAUUUUUGCGCUUUGCUCAGCAACAGCUUCAACAUACUUCUUAACCUCAAAGCUGUUAAAUGUUAGAAAAGUUAGCUUUUGCAGCUUUUACUCUUAACUGUCGUUACAAACUGUAGAAAAACGCUCGCAGAAAUAAAUGUCUGCUAACUGGCUUUGUACUUCGUACUGUUAACAUUUUAACAGUAACAUUAACACACACACUUUAACAGCAACAAUGUCUGUUUACCAUCCUUUACAGCUGCUGUAGCUUGUAAUGUUAUUCCUUUUCAUUUAACAGUGUACUUACAUGAGCACGAAACAAAAAAUGCUUACAGUCUGCUAACAGUUUAUGUUUAAAUGUUAACUGUAACAGUAAAAAGUGCUGUACUUCAUAAUGUUAACGCUCUCUUGAAGAGCUGUUAGCAAUAACAGUCGCUGACUUUACCCCCCCUCUCUCUCUCUCUCUGUCUCUCUCUCUCUCUCUCUCUGCUAAUUUUAUGCCGCUUGCCUUUGUGUUUUAGGCUUAGAUUUAACAACUUUUUGUUUUCAUCUCGAGAUUUUUUUUUUUUAGCUAAUUUUUGAAAUGUUAAUUUUCUGUUAAACAUUUAUUUUAUCUGCUUUUGUCAUUGAAAUUGUGCUAAAUUGUGAUUGGAAUGACGCUGUUAUAUUGAUGUACUUUACUUACAAAACUUAAGAGACACAAGAACUUAAACCGUUAACCGUAGCCUAGAGUAAGACGAAAUAUAUAUUUUUAAAACAUUUUUUUAUAUAUAUAUUAACAUUUAUUCAAAAUUUUACAACUACAUACAUAUAUUCACAUUUUGUUUAUCUUCUUUUCGCUGCUAACAAUGAACUGAGACCUUUGCUUCAAAAUCAGAUAUAUAUAUAUAUAUUUAUAAAAUUAAAUACAAUUAUAAAUGCGUAUAAUUAUGUACGAGCGAAAUAAAUGAUGAUGUGCGUUUUACUUAAAACGUUAGCCAACACUUGAUUGUAACUGUACUUGUCGUAAGUUUUCCGUUGAUUCCGUGUCUUUUGUCUUAUUGCGUUUACAAAAUAUAAACUAUAAAUCUAUAUAUAUAUACACACACACACA